AUGGCUCAAUCCGAGCAGAAUUUACAAGUUCCUCAAGAAGCCCCGGCUUCACCUGCGAGCGAUCAUAACCCGACAAGCCCGAGUCGCGUGCCCAGAGCUCCACCGAAACCUGCUUCAGUGAAGAUCAACGUCGAGGGCGCAUUCAUAGUCAACGACGAGACUGCGACCAGAAAUGGCGGGAGCGAGUUCGUCCAUUGGGAGCAGAAGGACAUCCGGCUGCCUCACCAUACAGACGUUGUGAGCCAUGUCGCUGUGGAUAUAGGAGGUUCUCUGGCAAAGCUCGUCUAUUUUUCUCGCGAACCUGCUUCACACAUAGUCGGUGGGCGCCUGAACUUCCUCAAUUUCGAAACCGAUCGAAUCGACGAAUGUAUUGCCUUUAUACAAAACCUAAAAGACAAGCAAUCCAAGCUCAAUGGCUCGAGACCUGCAGAUCUGUGUAUUAUGGCUACUGGAGGUGGAGCUUUUAGGUUCUACGACAAGAUGAAGGACGUCUUACAGGUCAAUGUGGUGCGUGAAGAUGAGAUGGACUGUUUGAUAAUAGGCCUGGACUUCUUCAUUACCGAAAUACCACGAGAAGUCUUUGCCUUCAGCGAGACGGAGCCAAUGAACUUUGUACAGCCAAAAGCUGAUAUAUAUCCCUACUUACUGGUCAACAUAGGCUCCGGCGUGUCCAUGAUCAAGGUGUCUGGCCCUAGACAAUUUCAGCGCGUAGGAGGCACGUCGUUGGGCGGUGGAACAUUUUGGGGUAUACUGUCUCUGCUCACCGGAGCACGAACCUUCGACGAGAUGCUCGCGAUGGCGGAUCGUGGUGACAAUGCAGGUGUUGAUUUAUUGGUUGGAGAUAUUUAUGGGACUGGAUACGGCGCCAACACAAAUAUAACUGGCUUGAAGAGCACCACAAUAGCUAGCACUUUCGGCAAAGUGUUCAAGAAGAAGAGAGCUGCUGAAAGAAAUGCAGAGGACGGCGAGGGAUUGGCAAAGGAGAAUCCAGAAGAGCUAAACGGUUUCUGCAUCGAGGACAUGAGCAGGAGUCUACUCUUUGCGAUUUCCAAUAAUAUCGGUCAAAUUGCCUAUCUACAAUCAGAGAAGCACGCCUUGAAGCACAUCUACUUUGGUGGUUCUUUCAUCAGAGGACACGCGCAGACCAUGAAUACCUUGUCUUAUGCCAUCAAGUUCUGGUCAAAAGGAGAAAAGCAGGCGUAUUUCCUGAGGCAUGAGGGCUACCUAGGAGCAGUCGGCGCCUUCCUAAAACGUCAGCCUAGGAAUUGGGGAAGGAGAAACUCGAUGGAAGAAAUUGGUCUGUCAAAAAUGAUCUCGAGAGAGUGA